GUGUGUUGGAAAAAAAAGUUGGAUAUGAAAAGAAAACACCUAUUUCAGUUCUCUGUAGAUACUUAACAAUGGCAGCUUCAUCAUCACUACAAAUCUAUUCUUCUUCUUCUUCUUUGUUCAAUCCAUAUAACAAAUCAUCGAAGAAGUCUAAUAUCAGACGUUGUAGGCACGUUUAUAAUGUGAUCAAACUUGACAAGUCUGCUUCUUUCAUUUGUUAUGCUUCUAAGAAGAGGAAUGGUUUCAUGGAUCAAAUUCUUGACUAUAUUGAAGGGGGGCCAAAGUUAAGGAAGUGGUAUGGUGCUGAAAAAUUACCAAAGGAUGGAGGAGGAGAUGUUGAGGAUGGUGAAGAUGAUGAUUCUCAAGAAGUAGAACAAGUAAGAGAUGUUGUGUUAGUAACGGAUGGCGAUAGUGAGAUCGGUCAGAUGGUAAUACUAUCGUUGAUUGUGGCUCGAGCUCGAGUGAAAGCAAUAGUGAAAGAUAAAAGAGCAGCUAUUGAAGCAUUUGGCACUUAUGUUGAGUCAAUAGCCGGAGAUGUAAAUGAUCCACCAUUUCUUAAGAAGACUCUGAAAGGCGUCCGUUCAAUUAUAUGCCCAUCCAGUGAAAUUUUCGUCCCCGAUAUCGAAAGCUUGGAAGGAGUAGAGCAUAUAGUUCUAUUGUCUCAGUUGGCUGUUUAUAGAGGUAGCGAUGGAAUACAAGCUCUUAUUCAAAGCAGUGCAAAGAAAUUAGCGGAGAAAAAUGAGUCCAUGGUGAUGAAUUCUUCGAAUAAGAUUCCUUACACCAUUAUCAGAGCUGGUUUGUUGCAAGAUACCCAAGGAGGCCAACAAGGUUUUAACUUUAAAGAGGGAAGUGCAGCACAAGGAAAACUAAGCAAAGAAGAUGCUGCAUUCAUUUGUGUGGAAGCACUCAAUGCUGUCCCAAAGAGAGGUCUAGUUGUUGAGGUUGCCAAUGGGGAGGAAACUGUUUCAGACUGGAAAGAGCUAUUCAACAAAUGGAUUCAAAAUGCAGACGAAGAACAGCUUGAAUGACUACUUACGUAUCCAAAGGGUGUUUUACCCUUCGUAUAGAUCUAUUUGUCAAAUGUAAAGCCCUACCAAAACAAUAAUUAUUUACUAUCGGAAAAAGAAUGCUUGCAUUUCCCAUGCCCACUGUAAUUUUUUUCGCUCCAGCCACCCACGCAGUGCAGAUCUUGAUCGCGUCUGUCUGGAUUGGGAGUCUUUGUUUUCAUAUUUUUUUGAGAAAUUGGGUCAGUUGCCCAAAUAUUUUUAAAA